CUCUCUCUCUCUCUCGCGCGCUCUUUGCACUGCUGUUUCUGGGGACGGAGAAUAUCUGGGCUCUCUCUCCCUAACUCAUUGAAGGCAAAGUUUCUUCAGUCUGCGAGGAUAAACUCAGAGGAAAUACUCAGCAGGCCAUGAUGCAAUCAGCAGAAUUGGAGACGAGGGAGAUGAACGGAUCCCGGCACCGGAUUAUCAAUGGGAUCGGAGCAACCGAAAGAAAAUGGAUCAGACCCAACCUGCCAAGUCGAUGCACCUGGCAGCCUGGGGCCCCCCUGAGCCAGUCCCCCCACAGACACCAGAGCCCGUCACCAGUUCCUGACAUCCUGCCCAAUAUUCUCAGCAAAAUUGGCAACACCCCAAUGGUUCGUCUCAACAAGAUCGCUAGUGCCCAUGGACUCAAGUGUGAACUCUUGGCGAAGUGUGAAUAUUUUAAUGCUGGUGGCAGUGUGAAGGAUCGAAUUGCCUUGCGAAUGGUCGAAGAUGCAGAAAAAUCUGGAGAACUGAAACCCGGCGACACCAUCAUUGAACCGACCUCAGGGAACACGGGGAUUGGACUCGCACUGGCUGCUGCUGUCAAAGACUAUCGGUGCAUCAUUGUCCUUCCAGAGAAGAUGAGCACAGAGAAGGUCGAUGUAUUACGAGCUCUUGGAGCAGAGAUUGUCCGAACACCAACCAGCGCCAGAUUUGAUUCCCCAGAAUCUCAUGUUGGAGUUGCCUGGAGACUGAAGAAUGAAAUCCCAAACUCCUGUAUCCUGGAUCAGUAUCGGAAUCCUGGAAACCCAUUGGUUCACUACGAUCAAACUGCAGAGGAGAUUCUCAGGCAGUGUAACGGAAAAGUAGACAUGUUAGUCGCAGGAGCAGGAACUGGAGGGACAAUCACUGGGAUUGCCAGGAAACUCAAGGAGCAAUGUCCAAACUGCCAGAUUAUUGGUGUUGAUCCAGAAGGUUCCAUCCUGGCAGAACCUGAACAGCUCAACCAGUCGGAAAACAGCACCUAUGAAGUGGAAGGAAUUGGUUAUGAUUUCAUUCCGACUGUUCUCGAUCGAUCAGUUGUGGAUAAAUGGUACAAGAGCAAUGACAGAAACUCCUUUCAAAUCGCUCGACAGCUGAUCCAACAGGAGGGUCUCCUUUGUGGUGGAAGCUCGGGGAGUGCUGUCUCCAUCGCUCUAAAGGCUGCCCAAGAUCUGAAGGAAGGUCAGCGUUGUGUGGUCAUUCUCCCAGAUUCCAUCCGGAACUAUAUGACCAAGUUCCUAAGUGAUAAAUGGAUGAUGCAGAAGGGUUUCCAAGUGAGCCCACCAAAUAUCAGCAAAAAACCCUGGUGGUUCAAGUGUCACGUUGAAGAUCUGAAUGUCUCGCCUGCUCUCACUGUGCUGCCAUCUGUUUCCUGUCAGAGGACUAUUGAGAUUCUCCAAGAGAAAGGUUACGACCAGGCUCCUGUGGUCAGUGAUGGAGGGCUGCUCCUGGGCGUUGCAUCUCUGAGUCAGAUGCUCAGCUCCAUCCUGGCUGCAAAGGUUAAACAAACAGAUCCAGUCGCUCAAGUUCUGUGCAAGCAGUUCAAAAAGGUUGAGGGCAGUGAUGAUCUGGGGAAGCUGUCCUGUAUCCUGGAGACCAAUGCUUUUGCUCUGAUAAUGAAUGAGCAGGAUAAGUCUCUGACUGAUGGAACUCGCCAUAAGAAAUGGGCAGUAAUUGGCAUUGUCACAGCGAUCGAUCUGCUCAGUUUCAUCACUCAGAAGAAGAAUGGUAUUUCACAUUGAGGGCGGCCACUCAGCAGACCCGGACACACGGCCUGGUGGGGAGCAGAGUGGCUCCUUGGCUCUGGGCUGUUAUUCUGCAUCAGUUCAUUGCUAUGUUUAGUGGGCUGCAAUCUGAUUGUAUUGGAAUCCACACUCCGCCUUUGGGUUCCAAAAUGUCUUUUUUUAAUAAGUAAAUGUCUUUGUGUUUUUGCUAUACAUUGAACCACAACAGCUGUACAACUGAAACUGUACAACUGAAACAGUCCAUUUGGUCCAACGGGUCCAAUGCUGGUGUUUGUUAUUCAUUCAUGGGAUAUGGGUGUCGCUGGCUAGACCAGUAUUUAUUGCCCAUUCCUAAUUUGCCCUUGAGGUGGUAGUGGUGGUGAGCUGCCUUCUUGAACCGCUGCAGUCCACACAAGCUUCCUCCCACGCUAAUUUAUCACAACUUGUUCACACAGCCUUCUAUUCCUUUCUUGUUUGCGUUCUUGGAGUUUCCCCUUGACUACAUCAAUGCUAUCCUGUGAAGCUGCUGGGAUAUCAGCACAAUUCUCAGUGAUUGGCAAUUCUGUACAAUUGAGUUGAUUGAAAUAUUAACAAUUUCUUGUGAUUGUUUGACAUUCAAAGCUGUGAUUUAAUAAAGGAAUAUUUCAAUGGG